CUCGCUUCGAUGCUGGGAGACUAACAUCUUCCAUUUUGUCUUCUGCCCAGGCCAGCUGCGGGCCGUCCAGUGGCUGUGCUACUUCUACAGCGUCAUCAUGCCCAGGAAGGCCCAGUGUGUCAUCUACCACAAGCUCCAGCUCUCCCUGACCCACAAAGUGGCCGACAAGGUGCUGGAGGGGCAGCUCCUGGAGACCAUCAGUCAGCUCUACCUGUCCCUGGGCACGGAGUGGGCCUACAAAUCCGCUCUGGACUACACCAAACGAAGUCUGGAGAUUUUCAUUGACCUCCAGAGGAAAGAGGAGGCGGCGCAUGCCUGGCUGCAAGCAGGGAAGAUCUAUUACAUCCUGCGGCAGAGCGAGCUGGUGGACCUGUACAUCCAG